AUUUUUCUUUCCAGACGGCUAGAGUUGAACACAAAAACAAACUUGAACCAGGUGGGCCGUCGGUCAACUCUUGCGCUAAUGUCCUCGUCUGAUGUGAAGGAACUGGAGGCUUAAGAGUGGAGAGAUCUGAGCUGUCUUAUUUUUCCAUUGUUGGAAAAAAAAGGGAAGGGCUCUGCCAAGAAAGGAAAAAAAAAACGACCAUUUGGAAAUUAAGUUAUGCGUCAGUUAGUGCGCACUUUACGCACAGGGCGCACCAAGAAACUUUAAGAUGUUGGAUCAGCUCGCCUUUAUUGUUGCUCGCGUGUCAGGCUUCAUUUCCUUUGUUUGUGUCAGUUCCUCAGAACUCACUGUGACCAUGUGUCGUGGCUAAAAAAAAACUUUAAAGCGCACGCAGAACCUGAGGAGGUAAGCAGUGAGCCAUCAUGGGGGCCAAACAGAGCAGCCCGGUAUUUGAUGGCAGAACUCGAGCUUAUUCCAGCUCCGAUCUCCCAUCUGGAAACUCCAGCGGAGGGGAGAGGGUUGCGGGGUUCAGGUACACCAACGGACCCGAUGGCCCCCGGAUCAGGUACACGGGUGGAGGGCCGACCAGCUCCGGGCUCAGUAUACCAGCCGGCGGCAGGUCCGGGUCACACGUACUCAAUCAGAGCCUGGAUGGCACGGAUGGUGACGAGGGCGAGCUGCCUCCUGAGGGCCACAGGCUGCUGAUUGGGUCCCUGCCGGCCCACCUGUCGCCUCACCUGCUGGGAGGCCUCCACUGUCCUCUUUGCUCCAAGUUUAUGGCAUCGGAUGAAAUAGAGAAGCACCUGCUCAAGUGUUUCAGCAAAAUGCGCCUCACCUACAACAAGGACAUCCUGUCCAGAGACUCGGGGGAAUGUGCCAUCUGUUUAGAGGAGCUGGAGCAGGGAGACACCAUCGCCAGGCUGCCCUGCCUCUGCAUCUACCAUAAAGGGUGUAUAGACGAGUGGUUUGAAGUGAAUCGCUCGUGUCCGGAGCACCCCGCGGACUAGGAGCUGCAAGAGUACAGUUUUGGUCUACUGUACCUGAACCUCAUCCCAACACUGUCUGUUCCAGCAGAGCGUCAGUGCUCCUCAGGGAUUGUAAAACAUUAUUGUGUACAGGAUUUUUUCACAUUGCCUCAUGGAAUAUUGAUGUGCUGUGGAUAUGUUUCUCUAGACGUCGGGGGAUGUUCAAAGAACCACUGGUGGAGUCAUUUUGUCUCUGGAAAAAUGUAUGUGAAACUUCUUUAUGCCACCUGCUGGCCUAAAGUGGGUUUGUGCAACCUGGAAUCUGAUCCGAACUGUUUUGCUGAGCAGGGUGUGGUUUCCCAGCCGAGGACUUGUAUAACCCACACGGUGGGACACCAACCUCUCUUCUCAGCAGAGAUUUAAGUGCAGAAAACUGAAGGCUGAUGUUGUGAAAUGUAAAAACAGCCAUACAAAAUUAUAUCAGCUUUAAGGGAUGAUUACAGUGUUGAUGGUAGUUAGGAAAAUAGAUCUUACUUUUGUUGCGAAAUUGGCUAUCGUUGUUGUUGUUAAACAAUCAUGUGUCCUAGACCAAACAGUCUAAUGUGAAAUAGUCUGACUUUGUUAAUCACCUGGCCAUCCAGAACCACAGUAAUGUGAUUGUGUAGUUUAGUGUUGGAGUUAAAGAUAGGCUCAGACAUAUCUGAUGAUGAUUAAUGCUCUCUCUGAGGAGUGCCAUAAUAUGCUGCUAUGUCAUAGACUGGAAAAGUUUCCUAUAACCUUUGAACCUUUGUUCAUUGUACGUUCUGUUUGUACUGUAAUGAAUUGCACAACAAUAAAUGUUUUGUCUUGUCUCUUAACUGCA